AUGCCCGAGCCUGAUCCUGAUUCUGAUGAGGAUGAGCCCAUUCCUGAUGCUGCUGCUCCAGUGCAGCAAGAACUUGUCAUGCAUCCCCAUCAUGACAUGUAUAUGCAAGAAUUUCGUAGGUUGCAUGAAGACAAUCGGCGUUUGCAUCGUGACUAUUCUGAACUUUAUGAUAGUGUUUGUGAGAUAAAUACUGAGAUGGUGGAGUUUAGGGAAGAGUUUUAUACCUUUAGAGACAAUCAACAAGCCCGUAACCAACAUGUGGAUUCCCUUGUGACCGACAUGCAUAGGGAAAUUCGUUUGUGUUUGAUUUUGUUGGCUUGUUUAGCAUUAGAAGUUUAUUUUGAAGCCAAUAAUUAUGAUUAUAUGGUUCUAUUUUGUAUAUUUGUUGUUGUUGUAUAUUUCUUUUGCGCUCCUGAUAUGGUUAUGGAUUUAUCUCCUAUUGUGGAUUACCGAGAGUUGACACGGAUUUUGGAAGAAGAUAUGAAGAUUGUGCAACCACAAGCUAUUGAAGAGCAUGGGGAGAAAACUAAGAAGAAUGGGAUAUCCCUUACUGUUAGGGUGCAAAGUCACUCUUGGAUGUAG